AGUCCGGCUCGAGUCCCGGCCCCACACACGUCUGUUGCAUAAACCAUCGCGUCAGACACAUGUUUUGAGAUUUGUACAUCUACUAUUCACAUCAAGAUAUGCCCGCCGCCGCCGCGGCGAGGGCGGCGGCGCUGUGCUGUUUCGCGGGGCUCUGCCUGGCGAAGGAGCGGCAGGCGCAGCGGCGGCGGCUCCAGCCCCAGGUGCCCGUCGACACCUGCGCCGUCCAGCUCGCCGCGCGCAGCUCCUUCACCGCCGCCUCCGCCCACGGCCAGCAGGCGCUCGGCGCCGAGGAGGCCGCCCCGACGCUCGCCGCUUGGGCGACCUGGGCGCUGGGCGACCUGCCGGCGCGCGGCGGCGCCAACGGCACCGCCGCCGCCGCCGCGGCGCGGCCCGCGGGCAGCGGCCUGCAGGCGCUCUCGCUGCUGGCCGCGCUCGUCAGCGACCCGCUGCCCGCGCUCGGGGAGGAGAACUCCCUCGAGCGCGGCGCGGGGCAGCGGGCGACGCGCGGCCCGCUCCUGCCCCCCAGCUGCCUCUUCCCGCUCGUGGCCGGCGCCUGCUUCGCGGCAGGCAUGCUCGCGCACGGCUUCGCCCCCGCCUGGGGCAGCGAGCCCCUCGAGCUGGAGCCGCGGCGGCUGCAGCUCGCCCCGCGCCGCCCGGGGGCCCGCACGCCGGGCGCUUGCGGAGCAUCCCCAGCGGCGGCGGCGGCCGCACCGCCGAAGCGGGCCACGUGGUGAGGGCGCCGGCCCGCUCGCCGGCGCUGCCAGUUGCUAGAGGCCGGCCUGCUCAUUAUAAUGCUAGCCCUGGAGCUACUGCCGGAGGACCUUCUCCCUCCUCCUCCUCCUCCUCCUCCUCCUCCUCCUCCUCCUCCUCCUCCUCCUCCUCCUCCCUCCUCCUCCUCCUCCUCCUGCCCGCCGCCUUUGAAGAGGAGCCCUCCCCCCGAAUCGAGCUGCCCGCCGCGGCGCUCCCGCGCCCCAAGGGGGGAGACUUCCCCCAUGACCAUCACGAGUUCCGCUUCGACCUCAAUGACCAUGAGUUCCAUGCGCGCACGCAAGAAAUGCCUGGGGCCAGGCUGGCAAUGCAUGCGGCUGGGCCGACCGGCGGCCAGAGAGGGAAUGUUUGAUUGCGCCAUACGCCUGCACUUGUUCAUCCCGCUCCCC